AUGGAGAACAGUACGGAAGUGACACAGUUCAUCCUGUUAGGAAUAACCAGUGUCCCAGAGCUUUGGAUUACCUUCUUCAUACUGUUCACGCUCAUUUACCUCGUCAAUGUGCUUGGGAACCUGGGAAUGAUUGUACUCAUUUUGCUGGAUUCUCGUCUCCAUAUUCCCAUGUACUUUUUCCUCAGCAACCUGUCGCUGGUGGAUCUUUGUUAUUCCUCAGCUGUCACUCCCACGGUGUUGGCUGGUUUGCUCAAAGGAGACAAUAUCAUCUCCUAUAAUGCAUGUGCUGCUCAAAUGUUCUUUCUUGCAGUAUUUGCAACUGUGGAAAAUUUCCUGUUGGCCUCUAUGGCCUAUGACCGCUACGUAGCAGUGUGCAAACCCCUCCAUUACACCAGCAGCAUGACAACAGCUGUGUGUGCUUGUCUGACCAGUAGUUGCUACCUCUUUGGUUUCCUAAAUGCCUCCAUCUACACGGGGGACGCAUUCAGUCUCUCCUUCUGUAAGUCCAACGUGGUCAAUCACUUUUUCUGUGAUAUUCCAGCUGUCAUGAUCCUCUCUUGCUCUGAGAGACAUGUUAAUGAGAUGGUUCUUAUUUUAGUGGUGAGCUUCAGUAUAUUUUUUGCUAUUCUGGUUGUCUUGAUGUCCUAUCUGUUUAUAUUUAUCACUAUUCUAAAAAUGCAUUCCUCCGAAGGAUGUCAGAAGACUUUAUCCACCUGUGCUUCCCACCUCACCGCAGUCUCUAUCUUCUAUGGGACAGUCAUUUUCAUGUACCUACAACCCAGCUCCAGUCACUCCAUGGACACGGACAAAAUGGCAUCGGUGUUCUAUACUAUGGUCAUCCCCAUGCUCAACCCUCUAGUCUACAGUGUGAGGAACAAGGAGGUCAAGACUUCAUUCAAGAAGAUGAUUGAGAAGACAAAGUUAUGUCUUGGCUUAACCAACUAA